AUGCCUAUACUCGAGAUGGCAGUGAGCCCAGUCAAGUCCCUGUACUGGGAGGUGUUCCCCCCCAUGUCCACGCACAGGGUCUACUGCACCCCUGUGUUCCAUGGCGGCCUGCUGUAUGUGCUGGGGGGCUGCAGUGAGACAGGCCUGCCUCUAGACACUGCCGAGGUGCUGGACAUAGGGAGCCAGACAUGGACCCAGCUACCUCCGCUCCCUACAGCCCGGGCGGGGGCGUCGGCAGUGGCCCUGGGCGGUCAGGUGAUGGUGAUGGGGGGCAUGGACAGCCAGCAGAGCCCCCUGUCCUCUGUGGAGGUCUACAACCCUGACGAGGGCAAGUGGGAGAGGAGGGCCAGCCUGGGACAGCCCUCCAUGGGCAUUACCUCUAUAGAGAAAGGUAAGAGUCCAGCUCAUACGGUACUGUACGACUGCUGCAACAGGAUAAUAUAAUAUCAGGUUGAGCGCCAACACUCCCAGUCUGCUAAAGUUGAAUAAUUUAACUAGAAUAAGGUACUGAAAAAAGCUCUUCACAGCAUUGUUAAAGAGAUACUGCGAGAUGCUACCGUAUCCGUAGACUUCGUCAUUGCGCUAACGCUAGUUAGCAUUGGCUCGCGAAACUACCUCUAACUUCCUUCAUACUGGACGCAGAGACAUAAAAAUGGUAUCCCCAAGUUCAUCUGACCCUGGGUCAGAGUAGAAUUGCCAGAAUCUCACAGUAUCCCUUUAAGCUUUCUCAGGAGCAGAUUUUGUUAAGUUCUAAUUUACUAGUGUCACUAAGAUCUUUAAGACUGUUGUGCAAUAGUGAGGAGCUUCAGUUGUCUCAAGCUAUUUGGGCUUAGAAGAUUGACUCAUCCUGAUUAAGCAAACAGACUGGAUAUACAAAACCCUGUUUUCAUCUCCCCGAGGCCCGAUAGUUCUAAGGUUAUGUAUGUUUAUACAGUUCAAAUAACCCCUGGAGAGAGAAGAUGUAUGGCUGUUUAGCUCUGAGUGUUUCUCUGCAGUUUCCUGUUGCUCUCUGUUUACAUUAUCAGCUGCCAUUCUGAGAUGAUGAGUACGCUACUUAGCAGACAGCUGCAUCACAAUGACCUUUCGUGGUCAUAAUACCGAGUCACAUACUGGUGAUAGAAAACAGCAGAAUUAGUGACUAUAAGGUGAAGCACUAGUGUUGUUUCCAUUUGGUUUUCUGUAGGCGGUUUGGUUUUCAGUUAGUUUCUACACGGCUUUCUGAACAUACUCAUACUGUAAGCCUUUGUUUUUCAAUAGUAUCCCUGGGUAGGAGAGCGAGUGAAACCUCUGUGAACACGGGCCUUCGUCCUUCUCCACAGACAUUAGAUGCUGUCAUGUUUAAUUGGUUGUCCGUGAUACACUUCGUCUUGGUUAUUUCUUAUUUUUUUAUAUAUUGUGUAUUUAUCUUUUCUAACUUUGUAGUUUUACAUUGUUAUUGGUUACUGCAUUGUUGGGGUUAGAGCUUGCAAGAAAGGCCUUUCACUGUACUUGUGGUUGUGACAUUAAAUUACAUAUUCAGAUAUUUUUAUUUGAAAAGACACGUGGUUAAAUAUUCGAAUGUAUUUUAAAAUACACUCUGAAAGUAUUGACAUGUACUCCCAUGCAUUUAACCCAGGUAUUUGAAAGUAGUAUUUGAAAUAAGUAUUUGAAAAUACUUUCAAAUAGUAUACUAUUUAUAGGAAGUUGUUGAUCCGGGCCACAUUAUAAAAAAAAUAUUCAAAUACACAGAAAAUAAGUACUUAAAUAACUAAUAAUCAAAUACACAUGUAUUUGAACCCAGGUCUGGUUAAAAGACCAAGCUAAAACAUCAAUUACAGUAGUGUUCUGAUUGUGUUCUUCUCUAUAUUAGUGUCUCAGUGUUGCUUCUUAUUGUGUGUCAGAACAAUAAUGCCUGACAGUGAGGUAGUGAUGUAAUGGUGUGUGUGUGUGUGUGUGUGUGUGUGUGCUGUGUGGACUGGCAGCUGUAUGCUGUGUAUAAUAAGCUAAGCUGAGGCUCUGACCUGUACGCUAAGCUUCCCAAUAUGAAAAGUGGCAAUGGGCUCUGAGGCCAGCCGGCCAGCCCCGCCCUCGGCCCUCCAGAACAUGA